GCGGCAAGCCGAGCAUGGUGCAGAAAUCCCGCAACGGCGGGGUCUACCCCGGACCGCAGGCCGAGAAGAAGCUCAAGGUGGGCUUCGUGGGUCUAGAGGCGGGCGCGGCGGACUCGAGCCGAGACGGAGCUCUGCUGAUAGCGGGCAGCGAUGCGAGCAAACGCGGCAGCAUCUUGAGCAAGCAACGGUCCAGCAUCUCGGGCAAGAAGCCUCCCAAACGAAAUGCCUUCUACCGACGGCUGCAGAAUUUCCUCUACAACGUGUUGGAGAGACCGCGAGGAUGGGCGUUCAUCUACCACGCUUAUGUUUUCUUGCUGGUCUUCUCCUGUCUGGUCCUCUCUGUCUUCUCAACCAUCAAGGAGUAUGAAAAAAGCUCUGAAGAUGCCUUGUACAUAUUGGAAAUUGUGACAAUCGUGGUAUUUGGAGUUGAAUACAUCGUAAGAAUUUGGUCAGCAGGGUGUUGCUGUCGAUACAGAGGAUGGAGAGGCAGGCUGAAAUUUGCUCGCAAACCUUUUUGUGUCAUAGACAUCAUGGUGCUAAUAGCCUCCAUCUCGGUGUUGGCGGCUGGCACGCAGGGGAAUGUCUUCGCCACCUCGGCCAUCAGGAGUCUGCGGUUCCUCCAGAUCCUCCGCAUGAUACGUAUGGACCGCCGAGGAGGAACCUGGAAGCUCCUGGGAUCUGUCGUCUAUGCCCACAGCAAGGAACUGAUCACAGCUUGGUACAUUGGCUUCCUGUGUUUGAUCCUGGCUUCUUUCCUUGUAUAUCUGGCUGAGAAGGAAGACAAUGAGAUGUUUGCGACCUAUGCUGAUGCCCUGUGGUGGGGCCUGAUCACCCUGACGACUAUAGGAUAUGGAGAUAAGUAUCCAAUAACGUGGAAUGGGCGUCUUCUUGCAGCAACUUUCACCCUUAUUGGAGUGUCCUUCUUUGCCUUGCCUGCUGGAAUCUUGGGCUCUGGUUUUGCCUUGAAAGUCCAGGAGCAGCAUCGGCAGAAACAUUUUGAGAAACGGCGGAACCCAGCUGCUGGGCUAAUUCAGGCGGCCUGGAGGGUGUACGCCACCAAUCUGUCUCGCACGGACCUUCAGUCUACCUGGGAUUACUAUGAGAGAUCUGUAUCGGUCCCUAUGUACAGACUCAUUCCACCUCUUAACCAGCUCGAUCUCCUGAGAAACCUGAAGAGCAAAUCUGGUCUUUCCUUUAGGAAGGAAGCCCAACCAGAGCCCUCCCCAAGUCAGAAGGUCAGUCUGAAAGAACGGGUGUUCUCCAGCCCAAGAAGCUCAGGCGCCAAGGGGAAGGGUUCGCCCCAGAACCAGCAGCCCCUGAGGCGCUCACCCAGUGCAGACAACAGCAAUGAGGACAGUCCUUCCAAGGUGCCCAAGAGCCUGAGCUUUGGUGACCGCAGCCGUGCUAGACAGGCAUUCCGCUUCAAAGGAGCAGCUUCACGCCAGAACUCAGAAGUGCUGAUUGAGAUGCAGGCGGAAGAUUUGAGGCAGAAGAGCUCCCCAGAAGCCAGCCUUCCUGGAGAAGACAUUGUCGAUGACAAUAAGAGCUGCCAUUGUGAGUUUGUCCCACAAGAUUUAACACCAGGGAUCAAAGUUACCAUCAGGGCUGUGUGCAUUAUGAGGUUUAUGGUGUCAAAGCGAAAGUUUAAGGAGAGUCUGCGGCCUUACGAUGUGAUGGAUGUUAUUGAGCAGUAUUCAGCUGGACACCUAGACAUGUUGGCCAGGAUUAAAAAUCUGCAGUCCAGAGUGGACCAGAUUGUGGGUAGAGGUGCUCAAAUCACAGACAAGGACCGUCCUAAAAGCACCACCGAGACAGAGAUCGCAGAGGACCCCAGCAUGAUGGGAAGGCUUGUGAAAGUAGAGAAACAGGUGAUGUCAAUGGAAAGGAAACUGGACUUUCUAGUGAACAUCUACAUUCAGCGUAUGGGAAUCCCACAGUCUGAGACAGAUGCCUACUUUGGGUCCAAGGAGCCUGACCCAGCCCCACCAUACCAUAGCCCGGUUGACCACAUAGAGAAGUCCGGCUCCAUUACUAAGAUCAUCCGUUCCAACAGCUCCGUUGGCCAGAAGAACUUUGACCCGCCUCCCUCCACUUGCGCCAACCAGACCCACUGCCAUCCCUCCACCUCCUGGCAUCCACAAGCCCUUCCUGAACCCCCUCAGCAAAGCCAGGGACCUCCCCCUGUGGCUGACCCAUCUUUGGUACGCAUCCCACCUCCACCGGCCCACGAGCGCUCCUCUGGUGGACAUAACGGUGGUUCCAGAGGUGCGGGGCAGCACCACUCUCGUGGGAAUGGGCUAGAGGAGGGGAAACCUGGAGGUCUAUCCCAGCAACAGGCAGGUGCUGAGAGCGACACCUCCAUAUCCAUCCCUUCAGUGGAUCAUGAGGAACUGGAACGCUCCUUCAGUGGCUUCAGCAUCUCCCAGUCAAAGGAGAACCUGGACUUUCUCAACAACACCUACUUCAGCGGGGUGGCACGCUGCUCUAAAGUGAGACCCUACAUUGCAGAGGGCGAAUCCGAUACAGACUCUGACCUCUGCGCCCCUUCACCUCACUCUGCCACUGGGGAAGGAGCUUAUGGUGACAGGGGUUGGUCUGGCUCAAAGUAGUUGUUGAAGCAAGCUUUUAAAGUGGGAUUCACCACUGUGGAUGGCAGCCUCUGAAGCCAAAUGCAAUGGGAGACUUGGCGAAAAGCUGUAUUUGUCGUCUUUAAAAUCAGUGCUACGUCUUGCAGAUACAGCUCCAAAAUCAGUGCCAGGAUCUUGGUGGUAAUGCCAACAGCCCAAAAUGUGGAACCUCCUGGUACUUACGAAUUACUCGGACACCUUGAAAUGGUACGUGUGGCUGUUACCUAUAAAGGUGCCAUUGGUCAUUUCUUCUUUCAAGAGACAAGUGUCUGUUCAUCAGUCAUCUUGCAUCUCUCUUAAACAAAAAUGGAAAUGAGAGAAAAGCAUAAGGAAAGACCAGAUGGACGACAAGAGCUGAGGAUAAAAAAAAGUCAUGGUAUGUCUCCACAUUCAAGCACAUACUAUUCUUAAAGCACAUAAGUUCAUGUGUCCACCCCUGCAGGCAAUGUUUGGUGACCAGUUCAGCCUGACUUGUUACUCUGAAUGGUUCCACUUUGUCCACAUUAGCCCAUGAAUGUACUUCACAACAUGACAACUUAAUAGCUAAAAAUCUGAUUUCUAUUUUCAUCACACCACCUUAAUAUUCAACAAUAUCGCAUUGUACUCCUUCAGCAAA